CUUAGAUAUAAGUUAAAAAUUAGUAUAAAUUAUUCUUAACACCCAUUCAUCUGCUUUCUUUCUCUCUUUGUUUUAAAAAAUAUUUUAGAUGCUUGUCUUUUGGACCACGCUGCUUUUACUGUUCCUUGCAGUUAGAGGCAAAGAAGUUUGCUAUGACCGCCUGGGCUGCUUUACAGAUGACAUCCCAUGGGCUGGAACAGUGGAACGUCCCAUUGCACGACUUCCUUGGUCACCUCAAGAAAUAAAUACACGCUUUCUUCUGUAUACUGCAAGGAACCAGGACAACUUUCAGGAAAUCAGUGCAAUUCAUCCAGAAACAAUUGACUACUCCAACUUCAAUGCCAGCAAAAUAACCCGUUUCAUCACCCAUGGAUUCAUAGACCAGGGGGAAGAGAGGUGGCUAUCAGAUAUGUGCAAGAGAAUGCUUCAAGUGGAAGAUAUCAACUGCAUUUGCAUAGAUUGGGUCAAAGGUUCCAGAUGUGCAUAUUCCCAGGCAGCUAACAACAUCCGUGUGGUAGGGAGUGAAGUGGCUUAUUUUGUAAACAUCCUUAAGGAGAAAUAUGGAUAUUCUCCCUCCAUGGUACAUUUCAUUGGCCAUAGCCUUGGGGCACAUGCAGCUGCUGAGCUGGGAAGCAGAAUAAAAGGAAUUGGAAGACUCUCUGGACUAGACCCUGCUCAACCUUACUUUCAAGGAACUCCACCUGAGGUCAGAUUGGACAAAAAUGAUGCUGAGUUUGUUGACGUGAUUCAUACUGAUUCAGCACCACUAAUUCCAAACUUAGGGUUUGGGAUUAGUCAAGCAAUUGGACAUCUUGAUUUUUAUCCAAAUGGAGGAGAAGAAAUGCCAGGAUGUCAGAAAAAUUCUCUUUCACAAGUAGUGGAUCUUGAUGGCAUUUGGGAAGGAACCCGUGACUUUGUGGCCUGUAACCAUCUACGGAGCUAUAAAUAUUAUUCAGAUAGCAUUGUAUUUCCAGAUGGAUUUUUGGGUUACCCUUGUGCAGCAUACAACUUAUUUGAAAAAGGCAGCUGCUUCCCCUGUCCAGCAGAUGGAUGUCCUCCUAUGGGUCAUUAUGCAGAUCGAUUUAAAAACAAAAUCACUUCUGAAUUUACUAAGCUUUAUUUGAACACCGGAGAAGCCAGAAAUUUUACCCGUUGGAGAUACAAGUCAUCAGUCACACUGUCUGGAAGAAGCAGCGUCUGGGGAUACAUAAAUAUUGCCCUGUAUGGGAGCGGAGGGAACACAAGGCAAUAUGAAAUUUUCAGGGGGAGGCUCAGACCUGGUGAGAUUCAUACCAACCUAAUAGAUGUAGAACUUAAGGUUGGAACCAUUACUCAUGUUAAAUUUCUUUGGAACAACGUUAUCAUAAACCCAACUUUGCCCCGACUAGGAGCAACAAAGAUUACAGUACAAGAUGGAGAAACUGAGAAUGUAUUCCAUUUCUGCGGCAGUGAAACUGUAAGAGAAGAUGUGCUACAAACACUCACACCAUGCUGAUCUUGAAGUACAGAAACUUUUUGUGCAACUCUUAAUAAAAAAAAGAUAA